CCUGAACAAGGCACGCUUGUAGAUAGUAAAACGAUCCGAUCAGUGUUACACUGUCACUUGUGACGCGUGUACAUACGUCGUGUAUACUAUUAUGUAUACAUAGAUUACAUAUUAAUCGUUUAAAAAUUCUUAUCUUGAGAUAAAAUUAUCUGAACAGUUCGCGUUCUUUUUUUUGUUGUUGUUCAAAACCGUCACGAAGGAGUUAUGAUUGACUGAUUUCUUUGUGUUAUUUUUAUUAUUAUUAAUUUUAAUAAGUGUUAAUGAAAAUAGGUCUUAUUUUUGCAUUGAAUUUUGGCGUUCGUGUGUUAAUUUAAAAUUAUAAAUAGUAACCAUGGCAGCUAGAAAUUUAUCAAGAAAAACCCAAAGGCUAUUAACAUCUAGAAGUAUUUUGUUAAGCAGCAGAAAGCAAAGCAGUGUAUGGACAGCUGACAACAUUGCCAAAUCACCUCAUAGAGAUAUAGAAAUACCAAAUAGAGUCAUCACUGAACAUAUUUGGGAGAAUAUGGGACGGUGGCCGGAUAAAACUGCAGUUGUGUGCGGAAUCACAAACAGAUCAUACACCUUCCAUGAAUUGUACAAAUACUCGAGAAAUUUCGCCGCAAAAUUGCGUACGCAGAUGAAAAUAAGAGAUGGGGAUGCCGUGUGUUUGAUGAUGUCGAAUUCUCCUGAGUAUGCCAUCGGUGUACUAGGAGCAUUGGAAGCCGGAGCUGAAGUUACGACUGCCAACCCUAUUUAUACCCCAUAUGAAGUGGAACGUCAAAUAAAGCAAGCAGAUCCAAAAGUACUGAUAGGAGUUCCAGACUCUGUACCUGUUUUAAAAGAGGCAUUGCGAUUAGCUAAGAGAGAUAUACCAAUCAUUGCCUUGAAAAACCCUGACAGCAUUCUUCCAGAAAAAACUAUAUCAUUCCAGGAAUUGUUUUUAGCAGAUAACGUUGAAUAUAGUGUACUUAAAAAUGUUUCUAGAACGCCCGAAGAUGUUGCUUUAUUCCCAUAUUCUAGUGGAACGACCGGUCUUCCAAAAGGCGUUGAGCUGACCAAUAGAAACCUUGUUGCUAAUUGUGUGCAGCAAGAUGUUGAAACUAUGCGUGUAUAUGAAGAAACGACCAAGUCUAAUCAAGAUGUAACAUUAGGUGUAUUGCCAUUUUACCAUAUCUACGGCCUCUCGGUAGUUUUAUUGCACAAAUUGUCAGCAGGUUUGAAAGUUGUGACACUGCCCAAGUUCCAACCAAACACAUUCGUUGAUGCGAUGAAAAACUAUAAAAUAAAUUUGUUAUGUGCUGCGCCUCCUUUAGUAUUAUUUCUUGGUUCCUACCCUGGCAUAACAGAAGAGCAUUUAGCCUCAGUUAAAACUAUAACUUGUGGAGCUGCACCAUUACCAAGGACUGACGUCAUUAGAGUUUUAGAGAAAGUCAAGCAUGAUGUGGACUUUCUACAACUAUACGGUUUGACAGAAGUAUCACCACUGGCUACCUGCAUGCCUCCUGGCUCAAAAGACUAUACCAAGGCUGGAUACGGCAUAUCUAACACCGAAUUAAAGGUCGUAGAUCAAGAUCAACGUGUGCUGGGACCAAAUCAGUUGGGUGAACUCCAUAUACGUGGACCUCAAGUAAUGAAAGGCUAUAGAAAUAACCCAGAAGCUACAAAAGCAGUGAUUACAGAAGAUGGUUGGUUUAAAACUGGUGAUCUAGCAAGUCUCGAUGAAAAUGGCGCGGUCACAAUUAGUGAUCGUCUUAAGGAACUUAUUAAGGUAAAAGGCUACCAGGUACCACCGGCGGAAUUAGAAAAUGUAUUAAAAGAACAUCCAGAUAUCAUUGAUGCUGCAGUUCUUGGUAUACCAGAUCCAAGACUAGGGGAAGUUCCUAAAGCCUUUGUAGUAUUAAAAGAAGGAGGAAAAGUUCAAGCUAACGAAGUGACCUCAUUUGUUUCGGAAAGAGUAGCAGAAUACAAAAGAAUUAAAGAUGUAGUCUUUUUAGAUGCCUUACCAAAGAAUCCUUCUGGUAAAAUUUUAAAACGAGUUUUAAGAGAACAGUAUUGAUAGUUUUUUGUUAGGUUUAUAUUAAACUUUUUUAAAUAUCAACAAUUUUGUAAAAUAAUAAUAUUAUUAUGACCUGAUUUUUUAUAAAAAUAUACGCUAAUGU